CACUACUACCACAAUUGACAUUCGAGGUUCAAGAUGAAGAACUUCUACUCCAUUCUUUGCUCUGUUGCCUGCCUCGCAGCUUGCGCUGUUGCCGACUCCUUUCCCUUUGAGCGACUUGACAAGAAUGACUCCCUCCUGCUCAUUCUCGACCUCCAGGUCGGCUUGUACUCGCUCGCGCGGGACUUCGACGCGACACUGUACUACAACUCGAUGAUUGCUCAUUCCGCGUUAGGCAAGCUCUUUGAUAUUCCGGUGAUUCUGUCUACGUCAGCACAACAAGGGCCAAAUGGACCAUUGCCAAAAGAAGUUCUGGACAUGUAUCCCGAUGCUCCCAUUGUCAAGAGGAACGGCGAAGUGGAUGCCUGGGAUAACGAGGAAUUUCAGGCGGCAAUCAAGGCGACUGGAAAGAAGCAAAUCAUUGUGGGUGGAAUCACAACCGACGUCUGCACGACCUUCCUCGCACUAUCGCUUCGUGAUGAAGGAUACAGCGUCUGGGCCAACGUAGAGGCAUCGGGCACGACGACUGAGCUGAUCAGAGAUGUUUCCAAUGAUCGGAUGGCCAGGGCCGGCGUUCAAAUCGUCUCCCUUUUCAGCAUCGUUUGCGACCUCAUGAGGGAUUGGCGAAACACUCCUGGUGCUACCGAGGUGAUCCCAUGGCUUGCCAAGUAUUAUCCUGUCUACGGUAUGCUGGCGCAGGCUCACGGAGGUGCCGUUCUCAACGGCACUAUCCAGCCUGGUGAAGAUGUCCUGUUGCCGGAGCAAUAGUCACAUCAGAGAUGUUUCAAUGCGCUUGAACGCUUGGAACCUGGCUCAGCCCGAU